AUGAACCUUCUAAAGACUUCAAUCCAAGAACUGGUUGCAUGCAUCCAGCCAGCCGUCAAUACGCUGGAGAAGAUCCAGGGCGCGUGGUCCGCUAUGUCGGGUGAUCUCCAAGGUCUUCAUGACCUAUUCGAGAACAACCUGAACAACAUCCCGCCCCUUGCACUGGAGGAACUGCAACUGAAAAAGAUUGUUGAGUAUUGGAACCAGCUCAAAGAUGACGUGGACUUCUUCCGCAGGAACAUGUACAUGACGACAAUGCCUCCGAGGGAUACUAUCCAGGGUACCCUAGACAAACUUCAUUCCUUAGGAAAUUGA